UCUGAACUCCAGCGUCAAAUCGCGCCGCGACAACCAAUCAGGAGCCUGGUGACGUGGCUGUGACCUAGGUCAAAGGGGCAGAUCCAGCCAAAGCCCUUCAUUCUUCAUUCAGUAUGGAGGAAAAGCUGAUCAGUGCCGUGGCUAAUCACCCGGAGCUAUAUGAUGCUAGCUGCUACUUUUACCGAGACAGGAAUAAAAAGGACCUAGCUUGGAGGCACAUAAGUGAGGAGAUCGGGCAACCUGAGGACAUCUGCAGGAGAAAGUGGAAGAGCCUCAGGGACACCUAUAAUAAGGAGAAGAGGAUGGAGAAGGAGAAGAGGAGUGGGUCUGCAGCAGGAUCGGGGAGGAGAUGGAAGUUCUUCGCGGUCAUGGGGUUUCUUGACCCCUUCCUCACUCCGCGGGAGACUAGCGACAAUAUGGUGCGGACCGUGGAGAACUUCCCCCCCGAGGACCAGGGACAGCCCGGAGAGGCAGCAGGGGAGUGUCAGUCAGAAGGUAUGUUUACAAUGAAUUAAUGUAGCCAGUUAAUUUAUGCGUGUUGUCAUAUAGGAAUAUAUUUUGUUUAUUAAUAAACAGCACACAGUGGUCCCGCUGUUCAUCCGUCACUGCCUCGCCUUUUCGCAGAUUUUUUUUUUAUUGCACCGUACAGCUUUCAACAAUGCGCAUUGCAUUCUGCAGCCCAAUUGACAAAUCUCCUCCGUGUCGUGUCUCCUGCGCUUGCCAAACUUAUCAUAUUUGGUUUUGAUAACCAUCACGUCCAAUAGAAAACACAGCACAAAAACACUCAUAACUAUGACCCUCAUUCGGAAAUACACACCUGCACCGCGAGGGAAAAAGGCGCACAAAAGUGGCGCGUAGACGGAGAAAAAGCGCGGCAUAAUAAUACUUUUACGUUUUAAAAUCGACAAAGGUUUGCACUUUGAGAAUCAACUUGUGAGAACUGCGACUACUGUUCAUGUGCUGCAAUAAAUGAGAGACCACUGUAUAUAAUUUCUCUAUGACUAUUGUCUUCAACCUGUUAACAUUUAAUAUUGUCUUGACAGAACAAACUGAUUCUGCAGCAGAGCCAUCCCCUGUUGCUUCUCCCAGUCC